UCAGUAAACUGUCAGUGGUAAUCAGUGGAUUACCAAGUCAGUAAACUGUCAAAACUCAGGUCCUGAUUAGUCUUCUUUCUCAGUCUAUGUGAAGAAAGUGUGGGAAGUUUGAGAAAACUCCCCUCCUCAGAAGGGAGAAAUUCCAGUGCAAGCACUCUUCACUGCUACAGUCUGAGAUUUAACCAGAUGAUGGAGAAGUUGGAGUUGCCACUUUUCUAUGUGAUGGUCUUACCUUUGAACAUGUUUGUUUUUCCAUCAGAUGUGACAUAUAAUAGAGGUGUUACGGAUAACCAUUUUGCUUGUGCUAACAUAGGAUCUCUUCCAAAGAAUAAAAUAAUCAAGUUGUUCCUUAACAUGGAUGAUUUGAUCAUCCAGUGUUUUUUCGAAUCUAAAAGUGAGCUUACUUCCAAGGAGUUUCUGAGUGUGUUCACUUCAGGAGGCCUGACUCCCAGCUUAAGAAUUGCUAACAGCACAUACACCAGCAUCUUCCACUUCAACCUAACUCUGUUCAGUGAUCGGGUUUACUGGCUGAUUGAUAUUCCCAGAGAAAAUAUCACCCAAAACACAGAUUUGGCGGCAGUGGAUGAAUGGUUCGUAAAGAUCACUCUCCAACACGGACUGAAUAUGUACACAACUGAAGGGACACUCUUAGACCGGCUUCGAGAGCCCAUCCUUCACUGGCAACUCGGGCGUCCUAUGUCAAUUAAUGAAGUCCGCACGCUAUAUCCACACGUGGUGGAUGUCAAAGUGACCAAGUGCCCCUGUGCCAACGAUGUCGCGGUUUUUGGCUUCAUUCUUAACUCAACACAUGACGGUGUCUACGUGAGCCUCACCGCUUCUGGACUGUGGGAUUAUAAUGACCUCAUAUGGUAUAACAUGACAGACUUAGUCUACACCCUGAUUGAAGCAGAACUCAAAGAGCUGACCCUGGUGGAUAUGGUUCUCACAAAUCACUUUUUGGUUAUCCUUACCUCUCUGGGUCUGUACAUAAGUGGAGACCUCCGGUAUCCUUCACCUGGCUUGAUACAGCUUUCAAGGGCAGACUUUUGUGGUUUUGAAAGGGUCGACUACGUUAAAGGAAGGCUGUGGUAUAAUGAAAGGUGUUAUGCUAACAAGGAAAUUUUUGAAGUUGAUUUUGUUGCUAUCACCUUUGAGAGAAACAAGACCCUAAGUGAGUCAAAUACUUGUUUUUAUAGUAAGGAGCCAUUCAAUGACUGGGUGCCUUGUUUAACUCAGUAUCUCAAACGCAACAAAAGUCCUCAUACAACUGUCCUGACGUUUCUGGUAGAUGCUGAGCACAAAACUGGCGUCUUCCUCUUACGAGAUCAGAAUUCUGUCACCGUCUCAGUGAACUCCCUCAAGCGGAACAGGCCGUACUCAAAGCCAAAAUUCCCCAUCUUCAAGUUUCCUGUGUCCUUCUCUUCUCCGGUCGGAAUGGUCUUCCACCCACGAAGCCAGUUUCUCUACACCUAUGGCAACCAGGUCUGGAUGUCCUCUGAUGGUGGCAACAGUUUCUACUUGCUUGCAGACUUCCAUGAUGACAUCAUCGAGUAUACCUUUCACAGUUUUUACACUUCAGAUAUUACUUUCCUUUCCAAAAGUGGGAUGGUCUACCUGACAAAGGCUGGACUGAGAAAAUACAGCAAACUUGGAUCUAUUUCUGACGCCAUUUACACCUUAUACUACGACCACAUGGGGUUCAUACACAAAGUGACCCCCGAUAAGUUUGAUGCGGGUACAUCCAUUGAAGCCUUUGGAAACUCUAAAGGCAUUUUCGGAGCGGCUCCUGACAUGGGCUUCGAGACUCCUCUGGCCGUGCAGUACAUCACUUUAACGGAUAUGAUCUUCUUUGCCUAUGUACCCAACACCCAACCUGUAGACACCAUUUACACCAAGAAAUUUGACACCAUUCACUUUGGGAAGGUGAUCCAAUCUGAUAAAAUCGGGACAGCUUACAUAAAGGAGAUCCUGUACCACGACUCUCCAGAAGGAUUUCUGUCCUCAGUUAUUGCGGAAGUCAUACAGCCUUUUGGACUUGAAACACUGACUGAGAGUCCUUGUUUGGCCAGCUCCCUUUUCAUUGAUGAAGACACAGCGCCCUUCUACAAACUCAGUCUUAGGUCACGACCUCUAGGCGGUGCUUCCAAAUUUCAAAAAUCGGAUGAAGAGAAGACCGUGGUGAUUCCCGGAUAUAGCAGCUUCUUAAUCACAGAAGUCACAGAUGAUGAAAAUGCUUUAGGUGUUCCAACCAUGCUUCAAAGGGCACCCAAGAAUAUGACUUUUCAAAGUGACUCCUGGUUCUUACACAACUUUGGGCAGAAGAGUGGGAGAACCUGGAAAGUAUAUUCAAGGCCAUGCAAUUACUGGUUUCAACACGAUUCACAAUCUCUCAGCAUCCAAAACUACGUUGACGUGGGGAAAUCCCACUCCUUCAAACUCAAGGUCUUGCCCAAUAAAAGAGGCUCCAAGACACUUGGAACACCUCUUCUACAAGUAACUGUUGGAAACCCAAAUCUGUUGGAAGUGAAAACUGAAGGCGCUUUUGAUUACACUGACAGCUAUGUUAAAACAGUGACCGUGGCUAGCAGAUCUUUACGUCGAGGCUCAACCUCAGUGGCAUUAGUUAUCUGGGAUGCUUCAACUGAGUGCUAUGUGACAACGGUCGUGCAAAUAUUGAAAAGCAGUUGCAGUUACCUGAGAUCCAUGCACCACAUUCCUAGUAGGAUAAUCCCAGAGGAAGACUGGGUUCACGGCAUUUACACAGACAAGCAGGGUUUUAAUAUGAUCAAAACAUUGCCGAUAAACUACAGACCUCCAUCUAAUAUGGGAAUUGCUAUUCCACUCACAGAUCACUUUUAUCAUGUAGACCCUAGCAAGCCUAUACCAAGAAAUCUAUUUCACAAAUCAAAGAACUCAGGGAAAUUAAAACAGUGUGCCAACGUCUCUACUCGGGCAGAGUGUAAGUGCACAGACGCACAGAAGAACUCAUAUUCCGUGGCUUAUUCAGAUUGCAAAGAAAAGGUCCCUCGUUUUAAGUUUCCCGUCACACAUUAUCCAAUUUCCCUGGAAAUUAACACUGAGAAUGGAUGGGUCCCAAUAGGAAUGCCAUACCUGGUUACAGUGACUGAAGUGAAUGGAAGGGAA